UCUGAUGGACUUCUCUUCUUCCUUCUUGAGUCUCCCAGGGGCAUGCAUCCGAUAACGUGCAUCUUGACCCUGCUUCAUGUUAUGAUCCUGCUUCAAUAGAGUUUCUCCCUAGAAUAGUAGGAUGCUAGUCUUCGUGCAGUUAGUUCUGCGUCACUCGUCAUCGGGGUGACUUCAAAAAAAAAGUAGCGAAAGGGGCUGGUGGGUUGGCUAAAAGGAACUCCUUCGGUUCCUUUUGUGUUGUAAUCUGUGUCAGUGAAUCAAGUGUGGUAACUGCUCCAGAUUAGGCUGUGGUGUGGUGGAGAUGUGAUUUCAGGAAAGCUGUGUCUUCCCAUUUCUAGUUAAACCGACUUUGAUUUCAUACUUCGUUGCAUAACGUAGGAGGUCCUCCCCGCAGUUGCUAUUUUGUUGCUUGGCACGUGGAAAGAAAGGGGUCUGGCUCUCUCCUCUUUUUGAAUAAGUGAUGGCUUUUGAGUAAAUGAGGUCGAUUGAUGGUAAAAAUAAGUCAUGUAGAAAACAAACUGGAAUCUGAUAGGAUGGCAUAUAUUCCCCCUCCCUUGCAAUUUACAUUCCCAGUUCCUAAGGUUCAACACCACUUUUACAUUUCUUACUAAUGGAAGGAAGGAACUUCUUUUUUUCUGUCUUUCUGAAAGAAAUCCAUCUAGCUUCUUUAGUUCUAGGUCUGAAAGAAUCUAGAACUAAUCUAGUUCUGUCUUUCUGAAAGAAAUCAAUCUAGCUCCUUUAGUUCCAUGCCACCCCUUCCUUGAGCCAGAGUCAAUGGAUUGAAUGGAAAAGGCUACAAAGGAAUUAUUCUGAAAAAGCCAUAAUAGAACGGGCGUAGAGAUAAUGACAGGCCUCAAGUUGCCAGUGAAGAAUCCCGAAGGCUCACUAAAGAUCAGAUUUUUACAUUGAUAGCAACAGCAUCUAUCAAUUUCAGUUCAAUGAUUUGCUAUUCAAUCCUGGGACCCUUCUUUCCAAAAGAGGCAGAAAACAAAGGUGCUAGUAGUACAAUAAUUGGACUCAUUUUUGGAUGCUUUGCCCUAUUCAACUUCUUAACUUCCUUAAUAAUGGGACAGUUUCUUGUCCAGAUAGGAGCAAAAUUUAUGUUUGUUACUGGAAUGUUUAUCUCUGGAUGUGUUACAAUUCUUUUUGGGAUGUUGGACAGAGCACCUGAUGGACCAAUAUUCAUAGCAUUGUGUUUUUUGGUUCGAACAGUGGAUGCGAUUGGUUUUGCUGCAGCAAUGACUGCCUCAUUUUCUAUUCUUGCAAAGGCUUUCCCCAACAACAUAGCUACAGUUUUGGGAAGUCUCGAAAUAUUUACUGGACUGGGUCUAGUGCUAGGGCCCCCUCUUGGUGGCUUUUUGUACCAGUCUUUUGGCUAUGAAGUUCCUUUCAUUGUACUUGGAUGCUUAGUGCUGCUCCUGGUGCCUCUGAACAUGUGCCUCAUACCAAAAUAUGAUUCAACUCCUAGCAAAGAUUCAUUCUGGAAGCUUGUUGCUCUGCCAAAAAUUAUACUCCUCUCUUUUACUAUGUUUUCAUUAAGUGCAAGCUUAGGCUUCCUAGAUCCUACAAUGUCGCUCUUUGUCUUGGAAAAGUUCCAUUUGCCAACAGGUUAUGUGGGAUUAGUGUUCUUAGGGUUAGCCCUCUCCUAUUCCUUAACUUCACCAUUGCUUGGUUUUCUAAGUGAUAAAAAGCCGAGUUUAAGGAAAUGGCUGUUAGUCAUUGGAGGCUUGCUGUCUGCAGUAUGCUAUUUUAUGUUAGGACCAGCUCCCAUCUUACACAUUGAAAGCAAGCUGUGGCUCUUUGUUCUAAUGCUGGUCAUGAUUGGUUUUUCGCUUGGAAUGAGUUCUAUCCCAAUAUUCCCUGAGAUACUCAGUUGUGCAUAUGAGAAUGGAUUUGAGGAAGGAUUAAGCCUGUUAGGACUGGUGUCUGGACUCUUCAGUGCAGCGUGGUCUCUUGGGUCUUUUGUGGGACCAGUACUGGGUGGAUUCAUAAAUGACAAACUUGGUUUUGAAUGGGCUGCAGCCAUACAAGGUGGAUGGCCGCUGUUAAGUGGGCUGGCUAUUGGAAUAUAUUAUCUCCACGAAGCCUUGCAUAGAAGAAGAUCCUACUCUCAAAAUCUUUUGGGCACACAGCAAGAAAGAACUCAUCUUUUAUCAAGUGAAACAUAAUUGGAAAUCUUUCUUAACAUCAGUUCAAAUCUAAUUUCGUUUGCUAACUUUCAAACAUAACCUACAACUAAGGAACAAGAAAAUAACUUUAAAUAUGGCACCCUUUGAUAAUGUCUCAUGAUGAAUUCCAAAUUCUCAAGAACUGUAACAGUCCACUCCGUUAUUAGAUCAUUAAUGGUUCUUAUUCUGGACAUUCCUGUGAUAAAGUAUUAGAACAAAUUAUAUUUGUGAGCAUCUAUGAUGUCUGAUGUACAGAAGAAACCUUUGCAAAAUGUGAACUCUUGCACAAUGUAAAGUAUGUUAAAAAAUGCUCUACUUUUGUACUUUAUAUAACUAAAUAAACCUGCUGGUCCAGCUUCCUUAGAAGUA